AUGAACAUGACUCGCUUAAUUCAACCUCGAACAACUGGUUCCCCGCUCGGGAGAGUUCUAACAUCGUCGAGCGCCGCGGUCAGUAAAAUGUUAACCUCCCAGUCAGUGCCAGCAUCCUACGGAACGUCCGCUGCGGCGGGGGGCACCGUGGCCCUACAACGCCAACCUGUUCCGAAGCUGUCCGACACCAUGCAGAAGCUGGUGAAAUCCAUCGAACCGCACGUCGACUCGGACACCCUCACCGGGACGAAGCGUGCCGUGGAGCAAUUUGCCCUUCCCGGAGGAAUAGGCCAAAAGCUACAGGGACUGCUCGAACAGCGUGCCACGAAGAAGGACAACUGGCUUGCGGAUUGGUGGCUUCGCACGGCGUACAUGGAGUACAGGGAUCCCGUGAUUGUCUACUCCAGUCCGGGGCUCGUUUUUCCUCGGGCCAAAUACCAGACGCUCGACGAGCAGUUGGUUUACGCGGCGAAGAUGGUUUCCGCAGCGCUGGCGUACAAAAUGCUUAUCGACGGUGGCAAGAUCAAGCCGGAAAUGAUGGGUAAAAUCCCGCUCGAUAUGUCCCAGUACGAAAAGAUCUUCGGAACGUGCCGCAUUCCGGGAAAGGAGCGUGAUUCGGUGCAAUACAACCCCCGCUCGAGGCAUAUCGUGGUGGUGUGCAAUAACCAUUUCUAUCGUCUUCCCGUUUUCACCUCGUCGGGAGGCAUCGCGAGCGAGGGUCAGAUUUUGGCGGAAUUGAAAAAGAUCGCCGGAAAGGAAAGUAGUAGUCGUGCGGAACCGGUUGGGAUUCUUACCGCAAAUCAUCGAGAUAGCUGGGCCAAAGCGUACGAUACCUUGAUGUCUGACGCCACGAAUCGUUCCUCUGUCGAAAGCAUCCAACAGGCGCUCUUCGUUCUGUCGAUCGAUAGGGAGUUGCCACAAAAGACCGGAACCGAUCACGUCGUAACCGCGAGUGAUCUCCUGAUUCAUGGUGGUGGAUCUCCUGCAAACGGUGGCAACCGUUGGUAUGACAAAACGAUCCAGCUGGUCGUUGCACCGAACGGCAUUAAUGGGCUUACGUACGAACACUCCCCGGCGGAGGGUCAACCGAUCGCGGUGAUGACCGACUUCCUGAUCGAGUACAUCAACAGCGGAAAGCAGCUGAACACGAUGGACCAACCGGAGCUGAAGGAGGGUUCCGUAAAGCUGCUCUUCAACGUAUCGACCGGCUUGAAGUCGGAAAUCGAACAAGCAGCCGGUUUCGUGGAUAAACUUGCCGCGGACAUACAAAUGGACUAUUUGCACUUCACCGACUACGGGAAAGGCUUCAUCAAGACGCAGCGCAUGAGCCCGGACAGCUACAUCCAGAUGGCCAUCCAGUAUGCCUUCUACCGACUACAUCGCGUCCCAGGGGCUCACUACGAAUCGGCCCAAAAUCGCAUGUUCAUGCACGGACGCACGGAAACCAUCCGCUCGUGUUCGGUCGAAUCGAUAGCCUUUGCCCAGGCCAUGCUGGACGCAAAACGUGACGGUAAUGCGAAGGUGGAAGCCAUGAAGGCUGCCAUUAACGCCCACAAGGCGUAUGUAUCGAUGGCCAUCCAGGGGCAAGGUGUCGAUCGGCAUCUGCUGGGUCUGAAACUGAUCGCGAAGGAGAAUGGCAUGACUCUGCCCGAGUUGUACGGCGAUCGUGGGCUUCAGCGAAGUGCCCACAUGCGGCUUUCCACUAGUCAGGUUGCCUCCCGGUACGACGCGUUCAUGUGCUACGGACCGUUAACGCAGGAUGGCUACGGUUGCUGCUACAAUCCGAAGGAGGACGACAUGUGGUUCGGAGUAUCGGCGUUCCGAUCGAAUGUAGAGACGGAUCUAGCGAGGUUCCGGGUUAGCCUGCAGGAGGCACUCCGUGAAAUGUACGAAGUGCUGGUCAUGUACGGCGAGAAACCGAAGGGCAAGCUCUAAAAUCAACGGAUGGACGGACGCAGUAAACCCCAUCUAUAGAGUGUGUAUCGUUGUGUUUUUGUUUGAUAGUUAAUUUAAGAAAGAAGUUUUUGAAGAAAUUUUACGCAUCUUUAUCGUGUCAGGAACAAGCUUAGCUAAGCGGUUUUGUCGCUAAGCAGUGUAUAGUAAGAGAACUGAACUAAAGUAAUAAUAAAACUGG